GGUGAUGUCAGGUGCAGGCACGCUCCGCAGCCAGCGUCUUCUCCCUGUGCGCGGGCAGCGCCCAGCAUUCGCAGUGUCAUGCAGAAGUACCUGGAAGACCGGGGCGAGGUGACCUUCGAGAAGAUCUUCUCCCAGAAGUUGGGGUACCUGCUCUUCCGAGACUUCUGCUUGAACCAUCUGGAGGAGGCCAAGCCCUUGGUGGAGUUCUAUGAGGAGAUCAAGAAAUACGAAAAGCUCGAGACAGAGGACGAGCGCGUGGCCCGCAGCCGGGAGAUAUUCGACUCAUACAUCAUGAAAGAGCUGCUUGCCUGCUCGCACCCCUUCUCGAAGAGUGCCACCGAGCACGUCCAGGGCCACCUGAUGAAGAAGCAGGUGCCUCCGGAUCUCUUCCAGCCAUACAUCGAAGAGAUUUGCCAGAACCUCCAAGGGGAUGUGUUCCAGAAAUUCAUUGAGAGCGAUAAGUUCACACGAUUUUGCCAGUGGAAGAAUGUGGAACUCAACAUCCAUCUGACCAUGAACGACUUCAGCGUGCAUCGCAUCAUUGGGCGCGGGGGCUUUGGCGAGGUGUACGGGUGCCGGAAGGCCGACACGGGCAAGAUGUACGCCAUGAAGUGUCUGGACAAAAAGCGCAUCAAGAUGAAGCAGGGCGAGACCCUGGCGCUGAACGAGCGCAUCAUGCUCUCCCUUGUCAGCACCGGGGACUGUCCGUUCAUCGUCUGCAUGUCGUACGCCUUCCACACGCCAGACAAGCUCAGCUUCAUCCUGGACCUCAUGAACGGUGAGGAAGAGUGACCUGGCUGGCAUCUUGCCUGGCCAGGGCCCCCUCCUGAGCUGCCCAGCUGGCCGCUCACUGAGCCUCCUCCACAGCCGGCCAACAUCCUUCUGGACGAGCACGGCCAUGUGCGGAUCUCAGACCUGGGCUUGGCCUGUGACUUCUCCAAGAAGAAGCCCCACGCCAGCGUGGGCACCCAUGGGUACAUGGCCCCUGAGGUCCUGCAGAAGGGUGUGGCCUACGACAGCAGUGCAGACUGGUUCUCCCUGGGCUGCAUGCUCUUCAAGUUGCUGCGGGGGCACAGCCCCUUCCGGCAGCAUAAGACCAAAGACAAGCACGAGAUCGACCGUAUGACAUUGACAAUGGCCGUGGAGCUGCCCGACUCUUUCUCCCCUGAACUUCGUUCCCUGUUGGAAGGCUUGCUGCAGAGGGAUGUCAACCGGAGGCUAGGCUGCCUGGGCCGCGGGGCUCAGGAGGUGAAGGAGAGCCCCUUCUUCCGCUCCCUGGACUGGCAGAUGGUCUUCUUACAGAAGUACCCUCCCCCGCUGAUCCCCCCACGAGGGGAGGUGAACGCAGCUGACGCCUUCGACAUUGGCUCCUUUGAUGAGGAGGACACCAAAGGAAUCAAGUUAUUGGACAGUGACCAGGAGCUCUACCGCAACUUCCCCCUCACCAUCUCGGAACGGUGGCAGCAGGAAGUGGCAGAGACCGUCUUUGACACCAUCAACGCUGAGACAGACCGGCUGGAGGCCCGCAAAAAAGCCAAGAACAAGCAGCUGGGCCACGAGGAAGACUACGCCCUGGGCAAGGACUGCAUCAUGCACGGCUACAUGUCCAAGAUGGGCAACCCCUUUCUGACCCAGUGGCAGCGGCGGUACUUCUACCUGUUCCCCAACCGGCUCGAGUGGCGGGGCGAGGGCGAGGCCCCGGUAAGGAGCGGACGGGCGGUGCAGAGCGACCCCGAGCUGGUGCAGUGGAAGAAGGAGCUCCGCGAUGCCUACCGCGAGGCCCAGCAGCUGGUGCAGCGGGUGCCCAAGAUGAAGAACAAGCCGCGCUCGCCCGUGGUGGAGCUGAGCAAGGUGCCGCUGGUCCAGCGCGGCAGUGCCAACGGCCUCUGACCCGCCGCCCGCCCGCCUUUUAUAAACCUCUAAUUUAUUUUGUCGAAUUUUUAUUAUUUGUUUUCCCGCAAAGCGGAAAAGGUUUUAUUUUGUAAUUAUUGUGAUUUCCUGUGGCCCCAGCCUGGCCCAGCCCCCAGGGAGGGGCCCGCUUGCCUUGGCUCCUCCUGCCACCAAUCCAGCCACUGUCCAGCACCCUCUGUCCUGACCCCGGGGCCGCCCACUCCUGGUGUCUUCCUGUGAGGGGCGAGCAGCGGUCCCAGCAGCCCUCCCGCCCCUCCCCUGGGGGCUGAUGGCACACCGCGUUGUGCCAGUCCAGGGCCUGUGGGCUCUGCCCUGCACCUAUGGGCACUGCCGGGUGGCCCAGCAUCCUCCCAGGGGGAGGGCACAGCACAGGGAUACUACUUGAAUUUUCCCACCACGGCCCCUCCUGCAGCAGAGGGACAGAGCCAGGUGCUGUCCUGCCUCUCGCCACUGGUGAGAGGAGAGGCCCUGUUGUCUCCCUGGCCCCUGAGGCCUCCCGCAGUGACGUGGGCUCCUAUGCUCCUGUUCAGGACAAGCCCCCAUGUCAUUGGCUGCGUCCAUUCCCACUCCCUGGACACUGGGGUUCGGCCAGGAGGGCGGUGUUGGCAGCAGGUGCUGUUGCCCUCCCCGCGGUCCCCUUCCCCCCACGCCAAGCGCCCGGGCGCAGGGACCACAAAGAGGCAACUGCAGAUUGGGCCACACUGGCCUAGCCUGGCCCCAAGGUCCCCCCAUGCUGGGCUGGGCGAGGCCUUGUUUGCCCAGGGCAGGGCCGGCUGGUGGGCAGGCAGCACGGUGCGAGGGGCCCAGCUGGGGCCAGCCCUCCCUGCCCCAGGCCCGUCAGUGUGUCCCCCCCGGGCUGCCCAGCCCCACAGCCCAUGUCCCGUCAGUGCCACCACCCAAGGGCGUCACCUCGCCCGCCGCAUGCCCCCUCGUGCCAGUCGCGCUGCCGUGUGUGGUGUCGCGCCCGCUCCCCGGGGCUGGGUCGGCGCACCCUCCCCUCCCGUCUACUCACUCCCCGGGGCGUUUCUUUGCCGAUUUUUGAAUGUGAUUUUAAAGAGUGAAAAAUGAGACUAUGCGUUUUUUAUAAAAAAUGGUGCCUGA